UACUAACUUUAAGCAAUCUGAAAGAUACUUCUUGGCGUCAUGUCUGAUUAAUUAAGACUACAGUCACCUCAUUAUCUAAACAUUGACAAGACAAAAUAGGCUAUUAUACAUGCAGUUUGUGGUCAGUGUGGUUGCCAAUAAGCAGGAGCUGCUGUGCGCCGUGACGCGCGCGUGGACAGAGCGAGGAAGAGAGAGAGAGGGAGAGAUCUUAUCUCUCUACAUCAACUAGUCAGUCUCCCAAAACACAAGAAACGCUGAUGAUAUUCAUUGAAACCCCCUCUUCGCUUCCGCCCUCCAAACUGACUUCAUCGACGCGCAAACUUCCAGCAAACGUCCAGCAUGAGCGGAGAAAAACACCAUGGAUGUGCCACAUGAGGCGGACCAGAGAAACUGAAGCCACCGCUCAAAGUUUGCCGGCAGAAGCCGACGUGACACUGACUGAGCAAACACACAACUUUACGCGUGUUUUUCUGCUUUCCUAGUACUUUUUGCUUGUCGUCUGCCUGUUGGGAUUGCUUGGAUUCCGCGGCGUGUCUUUAUAUGUUCAGCCGAGGAGACGUGUAGUUUUUCAGGGUGGUCCGCUAUAAGGAAGGUGACAUGCAGGUUCUCGGUUGGACCAUAGUCCUCCUCUGCCAGUGGAUCCUGCAGAAGGUCCAAGGGUUGGAGAAGCAAGUGGACUUCUCAGACCUGGGCCCAGUGGGGUCAGUGAUGAAGACUCUUCCAUAUGGCAUGGGUGAAGGCACAGUGGGUGGAACGUCAGGGGGAGUGGUGAAACCUCCAUACCAAACACGUAUCUUUUCCACUUCAAUUGACCAGACACCCAUGAAAUCCAAGCCACCCACCUACAGUUUCUUUAACCCAUAUGACUCGGCCCGGAACCAGUCCCUGCUUCUGGACCAGACAGGCUACCGCUCUAAGCGCAAGCCCUCACUAAAGACCGCCAUGAAGACUAAGAAGAUCUUCGGCUGGGGAGACUUCUACUUUAACGUCAAGACCAUGAAGUUCAGUUUGUUGGUGACAGGGAAGAUUGUGGACCACAUCAACGGGACGUUCACUGUUUACUUCCGCCACAACUCAUCCAGCCUGGGUAACGUGUCGGUCAGUAUUGUGCCUCCAACCAAAGUGGUGGAGUUUGAGGUCCUCCAGCAGCAGCAGCUGCACCCCCACACCCAGCAGGAUGUCCAGAUCCAGGAGACCCAGCAGUCCACUGUCGACCCCAAAGAGGCAAAGACCUUUAACUGUCGGGUGGAGUAUGAGAAAACCAACAGAUCCAAGAAGCCCAAACCCUGCCUGUACGAUCCAUCUCAAACCUGCUUCACAGAGCACACCCAGUCCCAUGCUGCCUGGCUCUGUGCCAAACCCUUCAAGGUGAUCUGCAUCUUCAUCUCUUUCUUUAGCAUCGAUUACAAGCUGGUUCAGAAAGUGUGUCCAGACUACAACUUCCAAAGUGAGCACCCUUACUUUGGAUAAGUACGUGAGACUGAACUGAAAAGAGAAAAAAUUAAGAGACAAUGUUAAUGACGAUGAUGACGAUUAUAACAAUGAUGAUGGAAAUGAUAGUCAUAUUGAUUAUGAUGAAGAAGCAGGGGACAGUUUUUUGCCUCUAAACUGCUGUGAAUCAUGGAUUUAAAGUAUAAUCAGAAUUAUGGAUGGUUAGGAUAUGGCUGAUUUCUCUGACUUAUUUUCCAACUUUGUAUUUGUUAACUUCUGUUUUUAUUUGAUUUUCUUUUCUGUAAAUAAUGUACUUAACCUCAGCACACCUACUGUUUUUAGAUAUUUGUUUCUCAGUGUAAUUACUUUUUGCAUUUGGAGAAUUCAGUUGAAAACAGCCGGAAUCAGUAUUAUGCCCUCCGAGUACAAAGGGAGCCUCUGAGACGGCUGUGCCAUCACUGUAUGGCGGACGUAAUGUUAUGGUAGACUGACUGUUAAUCAUGCUCUCAGCUCUACGUUUCAAACCUGGAUAUGAGAGAGCUAUAUGUAUGAGAAAUGCUAUGCUGGAUAUGCAUACAAUAUACUGUAUGAAAAAGCACAUUAAAAUCUCUUAAACUGUC